CUACGCUCUAUACAAUGUCGGGGUUAAUCCACAGUCAGUCACUUCUCUUAAAAUCGGGUAGAAAAUCACGAACCAAGUCUAUACGCGACAGCAUGUUGUUUACAUUUUUGGUAGUGUGUACUAUUAUUACACAACUGAAGUGCAACGAAGUGAGACUGACUGACUGAGACUGACUGAGACUGCGACCGCUUCUUCCUUGCCCUGCAAACAUUUCGCAGGUUCUUUCAACAACAAAGGUGAAACAUCAUAAUAACUAUGGAUAGAACUGCCAAUGGUGUUGGAGCUGUGAACAAUAUACAGGUUAUCGAGAAAGAUUCAUCGAAUAUUCAUGACACAGAGGUAACAUUCAGCCAACCAGAUGAUGCUAAUUCUAAAGCUCCGCCCUCUUCAUCUGCCAAUCAAAGGACAGUCAUCGGUUCGACCAAUCAUUUGGAGGAAACAGCUGUCAAUCACUCUAUUGAGGAUAAGGCUACUCCUUCCAAGAUGACCUGGAAUCAGAAAGUCACAUUUUUAAGUGCUACUCUUGCAGCGUUAGCAGAUAGUACUUCAUUCUCCAUAAUGGCGCCGUUCUUCCCCCUUGAGGCUGAACAGAGAGGUUUGUCUUCAUCUACUGUAGGCUUCAUCUUUAGUAUCUUCUCGCUGUCAGCUUUUCUUUUUUCCCCGCUUUUCGGCAAAAUUCUACCUCUUGUUCGAGCUCGAUUCAUGUUCUUGGCAGGGUCCUUUCUGGCAGGAGGGUGUAACAUAUUAUACGGGCUGUUAGAUGAAAUGCCCACCAAAGAGACGUUUGUUGCUUUUUCCUUUAUUCUUCGUGCCUUCGAGGGUAUAGGAGCUGCUGCCAGUAUCACAGCAUCUACGGCCAUUGUUGCUCACGCCUUCCCUGACAAUGUGGGAACGGCAACGAGUAUAAUUGAAAUGAUGUCUGGCAUUGGUCUCAUGUUAGGACCUGCCCUGGGUGGACUUUUAUAUUCAGCUGGUGGGUUCAAACUUCCAUUUCUACUGCUGGGCGGAAUAGACUUGGCAAUAGUGGCCGUUAAUUACUUCAUAAUGCCUGAGCAUGGAACAAGACAUGACAAGCCAGGCUCAAUGAGGCAACUUCUACGUAUACCAGCUAUCUGGGUUGUGAUGCUAGCUGUGUUAGUCGGCUCAGUGUCGCUGGGAUUUAUGGACCCAACUCUCUCACCUCACCUCAAAAAGCUAGGCUUAACGGUAGAUCAAAUUGGUCUGGUGUUCCUCAGCUAUGGGGCAACCUAUGGAAUCUCUGCAGUAUUAUGGGGUUAUGUCGCUGACAAGAAGAAAUGUACCAGACUCAUGAUUGUGAUAGGAAGCUAUGGAGGCGCAGUGUCUUUCUUAAUGAUCGGUCCAUCUCCGUACCUUAAGAUCCCGGAAGCUUACCAUACUGUGGUAGUCCUCAGCGCGUGUCCAGUGGGGGCAGUAUCCAUGGCAAUGGUCAUAAUGCCUACCUUCAUUGAUAUGCUCAACUCCGCAGAAUGGUACGGGAUUCCAAAUAACUUUGCUUUAAACGGAAUCAUAUCAGGAUUGUGGGGUAGUCUCUUUUCUUUGGGUUCGAUGGUUGGACCAGUUUUUGGAGGGUAUCUAAGCGGAGGGUUUGGGUUUGAGAAAGCCACAACUGUUCUUGCCGGUUUCACUAUUUUUGGCAUGCUUGCCAUGUGUUUUUUUGGAGUUUGGGAAUAUCGCUGUGGGAAGGGAAAGCGGAUUCCAUCCUCCAGAGCUACUCUCCUUGCUAUUAAUUCAACGGAUGAAGAACACGCACCCCUGCUUGGAAGCCAAAAACCAAAUGGCAGUAAAUAAGAAUGUAAGUUCAACUUUUGGUUUGAAGAAUUGGCAUGAAGAAUGACACCCAAAUGCCAACUCUCCUGAUUCUGCUGAAAGUUCCCUGAAAAUACACAAAAUUUGAUCAUUUUCUGAUGAACAACUCUCCCUUAUUAUGGAGGUUCGUGUCCAGUCAUGGGGUGUCGUGGCCCAGCGGUUAAGAGCACCAAAUUCAAGCUCUGCUGAUCGAUUCUGUUCAGCAGAAUGUGGGUUCGAAUCCUAGGCGUGACACUUGUCUCCUUGAGCGAGACAAUUAACUAUAAUUGCUUCUCCCCUAGCAGGGGUAAAUGGGUACCUGUGAGGGCAGAGAUGGUUCUUGUGAUAGAUAAAGCCGAAUAGCGCAUUUGUUGCUGAGAUGGUUUGAGGAAUGGCGUAAGGCCCAUUGACCAGGGGUAAUAAUUUGAAGCGCUUUGGGACACCC